AUGCGAGACCCUGUGGCCCGCACGCUGGCCACCUGCCCAUUCAACGCCAGGCACAGGGUGUCCCAGGGCAAGCUGCAGAGCCACAUCGCCUCCUGCCCUGACAAGCACCAGACCGACCUCCCCCACGAGAUGGACAGGUCCCUUGGCAAGAAGAUGAAGCAACCGGAGGUCCCCACGGCCUGGCAGCCCCCGCCGUGCCAGGAGGACUGGGAUGCUGAGCUGGAGGACCUGGAGGAUCGCCCGCCGUUCGUCUUCAACAUCAGGGAGAAUAACCUGCUCCUCCCAUGCGACAGUGAUGAAACACCCUGUGUGCCCCCACCCUCGCACGGCUCCUGCAGCCCCGGAGAUUCCUGCCGAGACCCCCCCCAGUACAGGCAGGGGUGACCAGCGCCACGUGGAGAUGCGGAGCUCUCAUUGGGAUCCCUCCUUCCUGCCGAGAUUUGGCUCUCGCUACCCCCUCGGGGACAGAUCCUGCCCCAGAGUGGGCACCUCCAGGGCUUGGCCCCAGCUCCUCCGGCAGCCAGGCUCCGCAGGGUGAGCGGGACUCCUUAAGGCAGGAA